AUGGUUGAGAGUCUCCUCCUUAAUAGCCAGGUAGCGGCGAGAGAGAAGUUGGAUGGCGACCUUGAGGUUAUUAAGGAGAGAGUCGCCUUUUACUACCUGAGGAUGCUGCAUGAGACAGUAACGCAGGAUGAACGGACUUCAUUUCAACUUCCGUCACAUCAUGAGACGCUUUUCGACUAUUCUCAGUAUAUCUACGACAUUGUGCAGCGAGAUGAGCAUGCGUACGUGAAACGGGAGUGGAUGAAUGACACCUACGAGGAGAUGUGUGCCAUCACGGAAAGAUAUGACCCGAAGGACCCUGACUUUUUGUUAAUCGCCGCAUCUGGCGAGAACUUACCUGCUGUUGUCCGCGGCCAAACAACAAUUCUGGAGCAUAUGACGAAGGGUGACAAGCUCAACAACUAUUACCGGGACGCACUGGGAUUCCACAAGCUUAACGAGCUGAUCUCUACCACAGCUGCUCAGAUUGCUCACCGCUAUCCAAACAUCAAUAUCUGCGAAAUCGGUGCUGGUACUGGCGGUUCUUCCUGGGCAAUUUUUGGGAAGCUUGGCACAGCCUACGCAUCCUACACUUACACUGACAUCUCGGUCGGUUUCUUCGAAAAAGCCCAGGAGAAAUUUGCGCCGUACGGUGACCGAAUUACUUACAAGACUCUCGAUAUUACGUCGAGUCCAGUUAAGCAGGGCUUUGUCGAAGGCGCGUAUGAUCUUGUGGUAAUGGCUAAUGUGCUUCACGUUACUCCUGACCUCGAAGAGACUUUGCGCAACACCCGCCGCCUCCUGAAGCCCGGCGGUUAUCUGGUCAUGAUGGAGUUUAUCAAUGAGAGUGUAAUGCGACUUGGUGUUAUUAUCGGAGGUCUGCCUGGUUGGUGGGUUGGACGGGACACUGGACGCAGAUGUUCUCCAAAUGUGUCCUUGGAACAAUGGCACGAGCUUCUGCUGAAGUCCGGAUUUGGUGACAUUGAUACCCAUACGCCUGUUUAUGAUCCUGUGAUUAUGCCAGCGUCGAUUAUCACAGCUCGGGCUAUUGAUGAUGAGAUCACCAUCUUGAAAAGCCCCCUUUCGAUUCCCGAGAGCAGCCUUCCCUCAGCACAACGCACUGAACUCAUCAUUCUCGGCGGCAAGAAGAACACGACGAUGGCUCUUGUCGAUGGAGUGGUAAGCCAUCUGAAGCCUCGCUACAGAAGCGUCAUCCAAAUCGACACAUGGGAAGAGCCUGAUGAGACAUCAAUUCCGGCAAAGUGCUGUGUCUUGAACAUCAGUGGCUUUGACGGUCCCUUCUGGACGGAUAUUACAACGGAUCGUUUUGAAAAUUUCAAAGCCCUUCUCAUGGUAUCUAUGAGUGUAUUAUGGGUUACCUGGGGCUCCAACCAAGACAAUGGUGAUGAAAGCCCUACCCCAGAUUCUGGCACAGCCUCUUUGAUUGCUGAGAGAUUUCUUCGCUUAGAAGUGACCACGGGAUGGCAGCGGACUCCGUCUGAGAAUGGUAAACUGUGGUCUAUCGAACCCGAAUAUAAGGUAGAGCAGGGAGAGAUCCUGGUUCCACGUGUGAUGCCAGAAAUGGCUCAAAACGAUCGGUACAAUUCUGCAAAGCGCAAGAUUGUGAAGGAGGUCAAUCUCAAACAGGCUAUUGUGACUCUUGGUUGGAGCAACGACGAAUACAAUCUGCGAGAGGAAGAAAACCCAAGUUUGCCGUCUCUCCCAGGCUACCGACGAGUUCUGGUCGAUACAUCGAUACUAUCUUCAAUUCCCACGCCUGCUGGACGGCUCUUCGUCACUCUAGGAAGAGACCUCGAUAAUGGCGGCCGAGUCCUCUCUGUAUCCUCAAAAAAUGCAUCCGCCAUCCUAGUCUCCGAGCGAUGGUCUGUCCCGGUGCAUGUCAGGAGAAGCAUCGAUGUUCAGUAUCUCUCAUUCCUCUUAGGCUAUCUGUCCAGUCACAAUAUCGCUGCACUUGUGCCUGCUGGGAGUACUCUUGUAGUCCAUGAACCGGAUCCAGGACUUGUGUCCAUGCUUUCUCGUCACCUGUCCAAUUUGGGUUCGCGUGUCGUUUUUACCACCUCAAACUCGCAGUUGCUCAAGAGGAACUGGCUGCUGCUGCAUCCACGCACUCCUGAUCGCCAACUGCGAGCAGCGCUGCCCAAAGAUGUAUCGAUGUACCUCGACCUGUCUGAUGACUGGUCAACGUUGCAAGGUACAGAAACGUUGGACAGCAGAAUCGCUGCCUGCCUUCCUCAUCUUUGUGAAAAAUUUGACGGAUCUAUGUUAGGCGCUCGCGAAUCCACCCAACGGCCUCGUCGAUUGGCACUCCAAAUCCAAGGUCCCGGUCCAAUCGGAUCCGGACUCAUUACCACAUUCACAGCAGAUACGAGCAAGGAAAAGUGGAUUGGUUAUCAGAUCAUCGCGGGGUUCGGACGGGGUGCAGCGUUGAACAUGCCCAUCGUCGCAAGCCAAGAAUAUCUAAGCCGCGACUCCAUUGCUAUUGCGAGUUCUGCUAUUGCUCUAUGUCAAUAUCUGACUGGGUCCAUUGCCAUCUCCGUGGCGCAGGCUAUCUUCCAGAAUGGCUUGACGCCAGCUCUGGAAAAGUACGCGCCCAAUGUUGAUCCAACAAUCAUCCUGGAUGCUGGCGCUACAGGAUAUGCCGAUGUUUUACCUGCUGACCAGCUCCCCAGAGUUCGAUUCGCGUAUAAUGAAGCAUUGGUCAAGGUCUUUUUUCUCCCCACAGCCACUGCUGCUGUGGCUGCCUUGCUGAGCUUUGGCUUCUCUUGGAAGAAAAUUGGCGUAGAGGAGCACAAAGAAAUGCCUCCAGCUGUUUCAGAUCAUGCCCAGAGUAAGUAG